AAGUUUAAGUCUAAUCUUGUUAAAAAAAUAUGCGCAAGAAGAAGAGUGUGCAAAAUACGUAUGGCAACUAGCUAAUCAACAUCCAAAAAACAGCCGUUUUCGUUAUCCACUGGAAUUCACUGUAUGUACAGCUGCAAUAGUUGAGUGCAGAUGACGUGCUGGUAAAAAUACAGUUUGUUACGGGACCAUGGACACUGGCAGAUUGCUGGAGAGGUUGACCAAGGCUGGUCAGUCUCAUCUCUUGCAGUUCUGGGAUGAGCUGAGUCCAGAGCAGCAAGCUGAAAUGAGCAUGGAACUGGAAAGCAUGGACUUUACGGAGAUCAAUGGCUUUUUUAAGAGUGCCAUGGAGCUGUCCGGUCACGGCAAUCAGGAGGCGGUGGACAGCAGGAUGGAACCAGUGCCCAGAGAAGUGCUGGGCAGUGUCACCCGUGACCGAGAGCUGCUGAGGGAUUGGGAGGAAGAAGGGCUCCUUCGUAUCUCGCAGAACAAGGUGGCUGUUCUUCUUCUGGCUGGUGGCCAGGGGACCAGGCUGGGAGUUUCGUACCCCAAGGGAAUGUACGAUGUCGGCCUGCCAUCCCACAAGACGCUCUUUCAGAUCCAGGCGGAGCGAAUCGUGAAGCUGGAGCAGCUCGCUGCUGAGCAGCACAAGACGGAGUGCUGCAUACCCUGGUACAUAAUGACCAGCGGCCGAACAAUGGAGUCCACCAAAGAGUUCUUUUCCCAGCACAAUUACUUUGGCCUGAGAAAGGAAAAUGUCGUAUUCUUCCAACAAGGCAUGCUGCCAGCCAUGGACUACAAUGGGAAGAUUAUCUUGGAGAGCAAAGGCAAACUUUCCAUGGCACCAGAUGGAAAUGGGGGCCUGUACAGAGCACUGGGGACCCAAAAGAUUGUGCAAGACAUGGAGCGGAGAGGGAUUGCGUACGUUCAUGUCUACUGUGUCGACAACAUCCUGGUGAAAGUUGCAGACCCCACCUUCAUUGGCUUUUGCGUACAGAAAGGAGGGGACUGUGGAGCCAAGGUCGUGGAGAAGACCAACCCCACAGAGGCGGUGGGUGUGGUCUGUAAGGUUGACGGACGCUACCAGGUGGUGGAGUACAGCGAGAUCACCCUGGCGACUGCUGAGAAACGCAGCGCGGAUGGCCGCCUGAUGUUCAACGCAGGAAACGUGGCCAACCAUUUCUUCACACUGUCCUUCCUCAAAGACGUUGUCAACACUUAUGAGCCUCAGUUGCAGCACCAUGUUGCACAGAAGAAAAUCCCAUAUGUGAACAUGCAAGGGCAGCUAAUCAAACCGGACAAACCAAACGGGAUCAAAAUGGAAAAAUUUGUCUUCGACAUCUUUCAGUUUGCCAAAAACUUUGUUGUGUAUGAGGUGCUGAGGGAGGACGAGUUCUCGCCGCUGAAGAACGCCGACAGCCAGGACGGGAAGGACAACCCCACCACCGCCCGCCACGCCCUCAUGUCCCUGCACCACCGCUGGGUCCUGAAUGCCGGCGGGCACUUCAUCGACGAGAAUGGCACCAGGGUGCCAGCCAUCCCCAGAAUUGGACCUGCAGGGAGUGUCACGCCCGAUGUCAACCAGAACCUGAAGGAUGGAACGGAUCUGCCCAUCAAAUGUGAGAUCUCCCCUCUGGUCUCAUAUGGGGGAGAGGGCCUGGAGAAACUGGUGCGGGACCAUGAGUUUCGUCCGAACCUUGUGAUCAACCUGGAUGGCGUUCAUGAGCUGGUGAAAAAUGGAAUUUGAACCUCAAGAGUGUGACCAAAGACUGGAAGAAACCUUCCCAUCUCCAUCUCUACCUUCCACCCUGGGAAUAAACUGUGAUGUUGUUGUGCAAUAAAACUAAGGAAGGAAUGCUCUCUGGUGGAAAGAUUGAAGCAGUUUGAAGAUCAAACUAUUUAUUUUGCUAAAACAUAUUUUUAUAUCAAUGUAGUAUAGAUGAAAGUAGCUACUCCUUCAUUUUGGCAAGUAAUUUGUACAUAGACAUGUGGCAUAGGUACGAUGGUUUUAUUCAAAUUAAAUUCUAAUUAUUAAUGUAUUUAAUCAAGACACAUUGGAAAGUUUUUUGAAACACCGGUGCAAUCUUGAACAUUGUUAAUUGUCUGUCAUUUGCUUUCUUUCGUUUAUUUUUCGCCUUUUUCUCCCACUUAAUUUGUAAAACUCUCCGUUUGGAACAACCAUGAGAUGAUUUUCAUUAAACGGGCAGAUGACGUCCCUGAGCGA